AUGCUUGAACUAAGCAAAAUUUCUGUCGUUAUUUCGUGGAGGCCCCUGGCUGAUGCUGCCUCUUUUUUCACGAAUUGCCCCCUUGACAUCGUCGAAGCGUCUUUUGUUGGAAAAUUCAGAAUAUUUUCGGAUAACAAAGUUGAAAUUUUUGUCUGUAAGUUUGAGUCUCCGGAGCUUGUCGGACGGCCGCCUCUUGAGCCUUCGGAAAUUGUCAUACCACUUUUUCUGCUUCGCGGACAGCAAACUAGCAUAAUUUCCGUCGACACCUUUUCAAGGCGCGUCAAAGACUUGUGGAACGGAAUUUCCUGUCAAAAUGGCUCUUCAUUUCGUUUCUCGGAUUUUAUUUUCCUCUGGUCAAUAGUCGAAUUUAAUUCCAAAACUGACACAAAAUUGGAAGUCUCCUGGAUCACUUUCAACUCAAUCGCUCCCAACAUAUCUCCUGGACUGCAGAAAAUCAAGAGUUAUUCUUUUGAUAGCGAUUGCUUCCGCCACUGCAUACAAACAGAUGCCGCAAGGUCAAAGUUUCAGCACUUUCAGCGUCUUGAUUUUGGUGGUACACAUCAGGAUUUUCGCUUCGGAUUCUUUUUACUGGAUCCCUCAGGUUGUCUUGUACCGUAUUUGGACGGUGAAAGAGUUAUUCAAACCACUCCACCUGCUGGCGUGUGGUGUACAGGAGUACUGGACGAGGAGCAAAGCACUGCCACUACACCCACCACCUUCCACACUUGGUUGUCUAUGCUGCGUUAUGCAUUUGCACCUAGGGGUCAGCGUGCUUUCUGUACAUCGCCUGUGUUGGCUGUGCACAGUAAUGUGAGCAACAGCAUCUCUUUCUACUCCAUCCGCAGUGACAACAGUGUGAAGACUCUUCACUCUCCCUGUAUUGAAUUUACACCACCUACCUCCGGGUCUGCGGAUUACACCUAUGCCAGCAGGCUUAAUUUCCACAUGUUUACUGGUUUCGAAGACGUCAAAUCGCGCUCCUCACGAGUCUCCUCACAGCGUGUAGUCGUCCACCUGACCAAUCUCAGUCCCGUCCGCCUCCCUAAUGAGACGGCUCUCGCGGACUACGGCAAAAUGCUUGAAGCUGUGGCUCGCCUGGCUACUAACCUCGACUGUCAGGUGAUACGGGGACCCUCUGCUGCACUGGAGACCGCUUCAGCUAGUAAGAAGUCAUCUUCCAUUCAGUCGAAGCCGAAUGGCAGAUCUGUCAAGCGCUCCGUCAAAUUCCACCUACCAAGCUCCAAGGACAUCACUCCUCCGUUUCCCCACCCAUCUGCGAUGAUCGGUUUCGAGGUGCCUGAAGCCUCCAUGCUGCUGGAAGAGGGUGUCGUCGCUGUCUCUACACCCGCCUACAGCCCCUACCGCUACUUCCCCUCACCUCCUCCCCCUUUCUCCCCACUACCACCACCACCACCACCACUCCCUCAGUGCCAUCAUCCACAAGUGUCUCCCGCUUGUUGCCAUCUCCAGUCAAACAACAACAAUGAAUCACCGGUAGCUCACGAGGAAAUAUCGAGAUUGGAGGCGCUGAUAGAGCGUCUUCUUGCGGGACAACAGCCCCGCCAGACACCGACAACAACAAUGAUGGAGAAGACAACAGUUGGAACCAACACAUCGAUCUCGCGCGAAGUGUGCAGCGUGGCGGUCAACACCAGUGCAGUCUGGUCUACAGCUGCUGACAUUGGACUAAUGCCUGCGACAUCGCUGUCGUCGGCACCUACACCGUUGCCGCCGACGCCUUGCCAAACGGUGGAAUCGGUGGGGGUUCAGUGUGAGCCGGUCCAGAAAUGUCUGCCUCAACCUCAAGGCGUCUGCCCGUUUCUGGGUGAGGUUAACCAAUCACUUGAAUUCCUAUCAUCUCCUCAGCCACCUUUACCUCAGCCUCCAAUCCUUCAACAGUCUCUGGAGUCUGUUCUCUCUCUUGACGCUGGCUUCCCUGAUAAACCAUUGACUCCGUUGGAACUCCCUUCACACCAGAACCCCUGUGAGGAAAACAACAUCGGUGACCCUAGCUAUAGUCGACUCCUGGCUGGCAUUCAACAAGUGCUUCGGUCGGCGCCACAUAUGCGCAAGACCGUAUCGGUGCCGAAGGAGUUGUCCCUGGUUGCGGUGGAUGCGGCAGCGACGCCUCCGCGUUUGCCCUCCAAUUCCGCUGCCCAGGUUACAGAGUGGCCGAGCCUAACGGACGCCGACGCCGAUUCAGACGAGGCACAGCAUCGGCGCCGCUGCGAAGAGGAAGUAGCUGCGCGAUUUGACUUCUCGCAUUCCCUUCUGCCCCUCAAAACUGAUGUUCCGUCUCGUGGCGGGCCAGAAAAGAGCACUCCCCGACCAGGCCAAUCCGAGGCUAGUUUCCCCAUCACCCACACCAGUUUCACCUUUGCCUCAAAUCUGUCGCCUUCCUCCCCACCACCACCACUACGAAGUUACAGCCGCCAUAAUCUCAAAUCCACCGACGAGAGUGCCAUUCUGAUGGGUCUGGCUCGUAAGUACCUCUCACCUUCCAUAAUUGCACAGCUAGCACCCUCGACUGCGUCCACUACAGUAAUAUCACCAGAGGUCAGUUGUUAUGGCACAGACUUUAGUCUGGCGACGCAGCGCUACCUAAAGGAGCACGGAUUGCUGUCCACGGGGGGAUGUGAGGUCACGCAGGUGUCGGAGGAAAGAUGUGGCUGGCGAGGGAGAACCUACCACACCAAGGUCUCCAACAUUCCCCGACUAACAGUGAUGGAGGUGGGUGAAGCAACGGGAACCCAGGAAAGCUACUUGCCAUGUUCGCGUGUCUUUUCCAGCAUAGCUGGCGACAUGCAGGCUGCGGAAGAGACAGAGGAGGAUCUGAACUUCGACGCACCCGUUCUUGAUCUGGAGCACUUGAGAACGUUGCCGAAGCUAUUGUAA